GACGAAGUCCACUUUACUUCUCGGGCAGCUUGGUUAAACUGUGCCGCGGCGGAGAUAAACGGGUGUUUGGAUGUUUUUGAACAGAUCCAGCGUUUCUUUAGCGGUUUCUAGAAGCGACUGGAGUCCUUCGCCAGCACGGCUGCGGUUGGUGCCUGCGGUUGGUGCCCAGCCAGCGAAGCAGGAGACAUGCCCGUCCCCGCUGGAUACCUCAGCGACUUCCCUGCGGCCUUCACAUCCUCGGCCUCGCUUAUCCCGCCGCCGCCGAUAAACACCCAGCAGCCGGGCGUCGUCACCUCGCUCCUGUACAGCGGCUCCAAAUUCAGGGGCCACCAGAAAAGCAAAGGAAACUCUUAUGACGUGGAGGUUGUGUUACAGCAUGUGACCAUGGAGGAUUCCUACCUGUGUGGCUACCUGAAGAUUAAAGGAUUGACAGAAGAAUACCCAACACUGACCACCUUCUUUGCUGGAGAGAUCAUCAGCAGGAAGCGUCCGUUUCUCACCAGGAAGUGGGACGCAGAUGAAGACGUGGAUCGUAAACACUGGGGGAAGUUCCAGGCCUUCUACCAGUACGCAAAGACCUUCAACUCUGAUGAGUUUGACUAUGAGGAUCUGAAGAGCUCCGACUAUAUCUUCAUGAGGUGGAAAGAGCAGUUUCUGGUUCCCGAUCACACCAUUAAGGACAUCAGUGGUGCUUCCUUUGCCGGUUUCUACUACAUCUGCUUCCAGAAGUCCACGGCGACCAUCGAGGGUUUUUACUACCACCGGAGCUCUGAAUGGUACCAGUCCCUGAACCUGACCCAUGUUCCUGAGCACAGCGCCGCCAUCUACGAGUUCCGGUGACGCCUCGCGCUUCCAGGCACUUCCUGUUGGACGGGCAGAGGGUCCAAAGCUGCAGAGAGGACAGACGCUCCCACUUCCUGAACGGCUCAGUGAAUGUACGGAGGAGCCUGGACGGACCGGACCGGUUCCUGUAGAGUUCCCCUUCCCUUCGUUUGUUUCACUGCCUGGUUUAAAUGCUUGGCUCAGCUUACCGAGACACGGACCGGAUCGGUACCGGCUCUCAGAACCGUACUGAUUUCAGAACCAGUCCGGUUCCUUCCAGAACCAGCAGCUUGCACACACUGAGCGGGUGAGGACUCGGGUCCGGUGUUGGGUCUGAAACAGCAGGAAUUCAUUUAGUAAUUUUGCUCUGAGGUUGAGGAGCGAGUGGUGCGUUCAAGAGACAGUACAACCUGGGAGAUUCCAGCUUUGCUUUGUUUUGGUCGUGCUGCUUUCUGGGACAAACUGUUGUGGAGUUCCUUCUGUUCUCCAUCUCUGUGUUACCAUGACGCCCACAAUGAGGGUUUUAGACAGAAGUCAAGUUUUAACAGUGAAUUUUUGAGCCAAAAUAAUCCUAUAAAGUAUUAAAGGAGGAAAUUUAUCCGUCGGCAUCAUCAGAUGAUGCACCCCACAGCUAUGCAACUCUAGAGAAAGCAAAUGUUAGAGGUUUCACACUUUAUUCCUAUAAUAUAUAAACAGAUUUAUCUUCAUUAAAGAGACUAUUUUUGUUAAAUCGCCUGCCCCCCCAUCAUGUUUCUCUAUAAUGCCAUGGUUUCCACAGCGCCACCUACCUGAGGGUGUUUGUGAGUUAAGGUUGGAGUGAGUGUAAAGAGUGACUAUUGGAAUCAAAGAAACAUUUAAAACCUG